AUGAUGAGACUUGAUGCUAUCCUGGUGCUCCUCUGUCUUCACCUCGCUCCUGCUGUAUCAUCCUCAGUAGCGACGUGUCAGAGUUUGGGGUUGCGGAUCACUGAGAUUGAGCUGGACGGUGCUGUCAAGGAUGUUGUGUGGUUGACCCAGAAUGUUGUCUUUGUCCUCACGGAAGAGAACACCUUGUACAGAAGCAAGGACGAUGGCAGGACGUUCGAGAAUGUCAUGGGAGAGCUUGAAGACUCUGAAGUUCAAGAUGAGCAGUCAAGCAACGGAGUGGUGGAGAUGUACCCUAGUGAUGCAGAUGAGAGAAGAGUGUUUUUCAAAGGAGGAGGGAAAGUGCACUGGGUAACAUACGACAGAGGUCAGUCCUUUCAUACCCGCAGGACAGAAUUUCCCCUCGGGGAGAUCAAGCUUCACAAGAAGAAUCCCGACUGCCUCCUUGUUUCAAGAAUGAGCGACGUUUGCCUUGGGCUGUCGGACACAGGCUUCUGCUUCAACUCUCUCUACGUCAGCUACGACUGGGGGACUACCUUCCACGAGAAGGUCAACUACGUUCAGCAGUUUGACUGGGGCCCGCGAGACAACACUGUGGUCUACAGCGCCUACGACGACGAGCAUGUCGGAGAUCAGUACUUCCAGAGCAUGAAGAAUCUCAACCUCUACCGCUCCGUCGACAUGCUCCGCACCCAGGAGAACAUCCGGUUGGUUGUCCGCCAUGGCGUCGGCUUCAAGGUGUCGCAAGGUGGAGUGUACGUGGCUGUGGCAGGGGAGCAUGGGACUAUGCAGCUCUUCGUAUCCAGGGACGACGCGCAGAGCUUUCUCCCUGCCGUCUUCCCCUCGGAGCUGCAGGAGACGCGCUACACCAUCAUCGACGAGGACGACGGGACCGUGUUUGUGAGCGUAGAGCACUCGAAGCAGGAGGAGGGAACUAGCAUCCAGGGCAUGCCCAGUGACUCCAUCACAGUCGGCGACAUCUAUGCGUCUGUGGCGGACGGGGACGUUCUCUUCAAGGACGACUUCGAGUCAGGCCUGACGCGAUGGCGGGGCAAGCAUGCUGCUGCUGUGCCCUCUCGUACGAAGAUCGUCGACGAUCCCCUCUGCUCAGGAGGCUCCUCGUGUCGGGGGAAGGUGAUGAAGAUGACGGGAUGCGGGGAGGAGGGAGACGCCUUCUCGCUAGAGAGCUUCACGUGCAGCGUCUCCUACCCUUGUAAGGUCUCGUUCUGGUUCCUGGGUGUGGCAUGGCAGGGCUUCAGCGAUGGGUUCCCUGGUCGCUACAUCUGGAGUGCGAGCGGGGAGGAGGAGAAGGGAGUUCACCACAAGGUGUCAAAGUCAAGCGAUCAGUGGACGAGGGUAGAGUACGUCUUUCCUCGCCAGCACAGCGAGUUUGUGUGGGCAGAAGGAGGGAGAGAUGCGGGGAGAGCAGCGAUCAGCAGAGUCCAUCUCAUGCUGCAAGCCCACUCCUCCUCCUCCUCCUCCUCCUCCUUCUGCAACGCGACGUACAUCGACGAUAUCCGGGUGACGAGGGCUCGAGCAGAGGACUACGUGAUGAGCUUGCGGGAUAACACGAGGGACUCAGUGGGCCACGUUGACUUUCACAUCCUGCGGGGACCGCGGGGAAUCCUUCACGCCAACGUCAUCGACGCUGAGAAUCGCGUGCGGACCCUCCGAUCCGUCGACAACGGCAACGAAUGGCACCCGCUGGAGCCUCCGGGCAACGACCGAGACUUCGCAUGCGAGUACAGCCAGAGGAAGGGAAGGUGGGUGACGCCGACGGGCAGAGACUGUGGGCUGCACCUGCACAUGGGGCACAAGAGGAAGGGAACUCCUGGGAGGUGGGACAGAAGGCAACACAAGGAGGCGGACGAGCGCUUCGGUGCCCUGGUGAGCAACGAGAAGGCGGUGGGGAUUGUGAUCGGCGUCGGCAACGUCGGGACGGAGUUGGCAGGAAGGACGGACGAGGCGUCGACGUAUGUGUCUAGAGACGCGGGGAGGAGUUGGGAGCGAGCAAGGAAAGGAACGAGCGUGGGUGACAUCGGGGACCAGGGAACGAUCCUGGUGCUGGCAGAUAACUCAGAGGAGACGAACGAGAUCUCCUUCUCCAUCGACGGGGGGGCAAGCUUUCAGACUUGCUCCUUCUCCUCCGACGUUGAGCUGGAGGUCAGGGACGUUCUGAGUGACCCAAGCGUGGCCAGCUCCAACUUCCUGCUGCACGGCUCGGUACCGCGCGAGGAGGAGGCAUACUUCUUCUCCGUAGAUUUCUCUAUGCUCUUCCCCCGCCAGUGCUCGGACGUGGACCUUGCUGGUGACCCUGGCUCGGACUUCGCGCUGUGGCGCCCGUCAGGAGAGAAACAAGACAUCUGUGUCAUGGGAAGACAGGUCGAUUACGUCAGGAGGAAGACCACAGCUCGCUGCUUCGUCGGCAAGGAGAACCGCCUGUCAACCCUUGUGCGCAACUGCCCCUGCCAGGAGGCAGACUACGAGUGCGACUUCUGCUACGAGCGAGCUGGUGAGAAGCGCGCGGCGCUCAAGAACGUCUCCUCCUCCUCCUGUGUCUGGUCCUGUGCCGGCAGGGAGAAGCCGACCUAUCCCCCAGCUAACUGCCUGGGCACCUACACGAAGACGAGGGGAUACCGCCUGGUGGAGGGCAACACCUGCCAAGGAGGUCUCGACCUCCGUCCCCAGCUGCUGGUCUGCCCACGGCAGGACGGUGUCAAGAACGACGCGGCGCCUUCGGUUGGAGGCGAAGGAGGCUCGUCAGAGCAAGGGGGCAGGAGGCUGAGCUGGGGUGGAGUUGGGGUUGGUGUGGUGGCUGUGGUGGCGAUCGGGGCCUGUGCUGCUGCCUCUGCUCUGUUCCUGAAGGGCCGAGGGAUCCGAGGAGCGACUGAGGCUCAUGGUUACUCGAGGUUGUCAACGGGAGAGAACGACGACUUCGCGCUGGCGGAUCAGGAUGACUACGACGACUCCCCCGUCCCGACGCCCAACAACAUCUAG